AUGGCAAUCUCGGCAACGCUUUUCAAGAAACAAGGAGACAAGGCUGGAGAGGGACGAAGUUAUGGCAGUCUCGGCAACGCCUAUCAUGGUCUAGGACAGUUCCAAAUAGCAAUCGAGUACCACAACCGUUAUCUAGGAAUUGCUAAAGAAGUUGGAGACAAGGCCGGAGAGGGACGAAGUUAUGGUAAUCUCGGCAACGCCUAUCAUGGUCUAGGACAGUUCAAAACAGCAAUCGAGUACCAGCAACGUCAUCUAGAGAUUGCUAAAGAAGUGGGAGAUAAGGCCGGAGAGGGACAAAGUUAUGGCAAUCUCGGCAACGCCCAUCAAGGUCUAAGACAGCUCAAAACAGCAAUCGAGUACCAUCAGCAUUCUCUGGAAAUUUCUAAGAAAGAGAGAGACAAGGCUGGAGAGGGACGAAGUUAUGGCAAUCUCGGCAACGCCUAUCAUGGUCUAGGACAGUUCAAAACAGCAAUCAAGUACCAGAAACAUUAUCUAGAAAUUGCUAAAGAGGUGGGAGACAAGGCUGGAGAGGGACAAAGUUAUGGCAAUCUCGGCAAUGCUUAUCGAGGUCUAGGACAGUUCGAAACAGCAAUCGAGUACCACAACCGUCAUCUUGAAAUUGCGAAAGAAGUGGGAGACAAGGCCGGAGAGGGAAGAAGCUAUGGCAAUCUCGGCAACGCUUAUCAAGGUCUAGGAGAGUUUGAAACAGCAAUCGAGUACCACAACCGUUAUCUAGAAAUUGCUAAAGAGGUGGGAGACAAAGUCGGAGAGGGAAAAAGUUAUGGCAAUCUCGGCAACGCUUAUCAAGGUCUAGGACUGUUCAAAACAGCCAUCAAGUGCCAUCAGCAUUCUCUAGAAAUUGCUAAGAAAGAGAGAGACAAGGCUGGAGAGGGACGAAGUUAUGGCAAUCUCGGCAACGCCUAUCAAGGUCUAGGACAGUUCAAAACAGCAAUCGAGUACCAGCAACGUCAUUUAGAGAUUGCCAAAGAACUGGAAGACAAAGCCGGACAGGGAAUCAGUUAUGGCAAUCUUGGCAAUGCUUAUCAUGGUCUAGGAGAGUUUGAAACAGCAAUCGAGUACCACAACCGUUAUCUAGAAAUUGCUAAAGAGGUGGGAGACAAGGUUGGAGAGGGAAAAAGCUAUGGCAAUCUCGGCAACGCUUAUCAAGGUCUAGGACAGUUCAAAACGGCAAUCGAGUACCAGGAACGUCAUCUAGAAAUUGCUAAAGAAGUAGGAGACAAGGCUGGAGAGGGACGAAGUUAUGGCAAUCUCGGCAACGCUUAUCAAGGUCUAGGACUGUUCAAAACAGCCAUCAAGUGCCAUCAGCAUUCUCUAGAAAUUGCUAAGAAAGAGAGAGACAAGGCUGGAGAGGGACGAAGUUAUGGCAAUCUCGGCAACGCCUAUCAAGGUCUAGGACAGUUCAAAACAGCAAUCGAGUACCAGCAACGUCAUUUAGAGAUUGCUAAAGAACUGGAAGACAAGGCCGGACAGGGAAUCAGUUAUGGCAAUCUUGGCAAUGCUUAUCAUGGUCUAGGAGAGUUUGAAACAGCAAUCGAGUACCACAACCGUUAUCUAGAAAUUGCUAAAGAGGUGGGAGACAAGGUCGGAGAGGGAAAAAGCUAUGGCAAUCUCGGCAACGCUUAUCAAGGUCUAGGACAGUUCAAAACGGCAAUCGAGUACCAGGAACGUCAUCUAGAAAUUGCUAAAGAAGUAGGAGACAAGGCUGGAGAGGGACAAAGUUAUGGCAAUCUCGGCAAUGCUUAUCAAGGUCUAGGACAGUUCGAAACAGCAAUCGAGUACCAUCAACGUCAUCUGGAAAUUGCUAAAGAUGUGGGAGACAAUGCUGGAGAGGGAAUCAGUUAUGGCAAUCUUGGCAACGCUUAUCAAUGUCUAGGAGAGUUCAAAACAGCAAUCGAGUAUCACAACCGUUGUCACCUAGAAAUAUCCAAAGAAGUAGGAGACAAGGCUGGAGAGGCAUGCUCACUCGGUUCCCUCGGUAUAAGUUUCGAGUGCCAAGGAGAUCCCAUGAGGGCCUUUACCUACUAUUACUCGAGUGUAGAGGUGUAUGAUGAUAUCAGGGCCGGUCUUCAAUUUCAAGAUACGUGGAAGAUUUGCUAUCGUAAUCAGCACCAAAGUGCAUACAAAGGUUUGUGGCGUAUAAGCCUCAUUCAAGGUAAAGUUGUGAACGCUCUUCUUGCCGCAGAAAAAGGACGUGCUCAAGCUCUGAGAGAUCUCAUGGACGCAAGAUAUCAGCCUGAAGAUACUUCCAGGAGGAGCGGUUCGUACCUUUCCCUGAGUUCUGUUCCAUCAAGCACAGUUUUCAUAGCUAUCAGUGGACCGUGCGUUUACUUCUGGGUUUGCCUCAGUGAAGAUAAUAUCCAAAUGAGAAAGAUUCACGUGAACAAUUAUAAGUGUGAGGAAGAAUUGGAAUCUUUCAUCCAGCUACUGAACAAAACUGCCCUUAUAGAGAAUUUUAGGGGAGAUGCUGUCACACGCGGAAAUCCUUCAGCUGAUUCGCCAAAAGAGGAUCAAGUGGCCAAAGAUAUGAUCCGAGAUGAUGUGAGGUACUCACAAUCAAGUGCUCUGCAGAAGCUUCGUGACAUCAUCUUUAGUCCUAUCGCUGAUCUGAUCGAAGGCAACGAGCUAACUGUCGUUCCAGAGGGGCCAUUUUGCCUUGUACCUUAUGCCGCAUUGGAGGACUCGAGGUCAUCGUGUCUAAAUGAUUCUUUCACAAUUCGUGUGCUUCCGUCCUUGACGACCUUACAACAAAUACAUGAUUGCCCAGCUGACUUCCACGCGAAGAGUGGUGCAUUGCUGGUUGGCGACCCAUGUUUCAGAGAUAUCAUCUACCAGGGAAGACGUUUAGUGCAACUUCCGGGAGCAAGAAAAGAAGUGGAGAUGAUUGGACGCAUCCUCAAUCAUUCCCCUCUCACUGGAGAAAAGGCUACAAAAGAUGAGGUGUUAAAACGAAUGUCAUCAGUGGCGUUAGUGCACAUUGCAGCGCACGGUAAAAUGGAAACUGGGGAAGUCAUCUUGGCACCAAACACUACAAGGAAGAACUCUCAGCCAGAAGAAAAAGACUAUCUACUGACGAUGGAAGAUGUCCUAGAAGCUGGGCUGCGGGCUCGACUGGUUGUACUGAGUUGUCCUCACAGUGCUCGUGGGGAGGUCAUGGCCGAGGGUGUGGUCGGCAUCGCACGAGCAUUUUUGGGUGCCGGUGCCAGAUCUGUUGUGGCAACCUUAUGGGCAAUUGAUGACGAGGGAACCCUGGAGUUCAUGAGUUUCUUCUACGAUGCACUUGCUAAGGGCAAGAAGGCAAGCGAAGCUCUCCAGCAGGCCAUGAAGUGUAUGAGAGAAAUCGAAAAGUACGAGGAGGUGAAGUACUGGGCACCAUUUGUACUCAUUGGUGAUGACGUCAACCUGGAUUUCAAGGAAAUUCAGACUCUGAACCAUCUGAGGCAGUGAGCAUUGCAACUAUAUCAGAACAAGGACCAAACCCGAGGAAGUUAACGAUGAUAUUUGGAUCAGAAAGCAGUAAGCUACUGAUGAAAACUUUGUCAAGAGUCUUCUUUUUAAAGCAGGGAGAGUCAACAGAUGGCCAAAGACAAAAUCAACGAGAGUCCUUAACGAUCUCUAUUGUUUCAAAACUUGACUUGUCACCCGUCUGAACUGUUCU